AUGGCGGCGACUGAGGAAAAAUCUACAGCAAUGGCUACUCGCACAUUGGUCGCCGGUCUCGUCGCUGACUUCGUCACGGCUUGCCAGUCGUCGGUGAAGAGCAAGGACAAUUCCAUCGUUUGGGAUCACCUAGAGAUGGAAGGUGGUGGCCAAGGGCAUGCGCUCGCUCCUACGGUCGGAUCCAUGUUUGAACGAUACGCGCGCAGGGCCACGUCGGUGUUUGGUCACGGAACUGAACCUUUGCGCAGGCUUUUGCAUGACUUCCGAGGCCACAUCAAGGCUGGGGAGAUGCUAAUGGUAAUUGGCCGACCCGGUAGCGGCUGUACAACGUUUUUAAAGGGCCUUUGCCACAUGCAUGCUGAAUAUAAAAGUACCAGCGGUACUUUAUUGUACGGCGGGAUCCAAGCAAAUUUUCAAGAGCCUGCGGCUCCAGUUGAGACGACAUUCUGCGCGGAGGAGGAUAUUCAUUUCCCAAGCUUGACUGUGGAGGAAACAUUGAGAUUUGCAGUCAACUCUCGGUUCAGCAACGUCAUAUCCUCUGCGGACGCACACAGCACCGUGGUCAAUCUCGCCCGUUUGUUCGGGAUCGACCAUGUUUUGGCCACCAGAGUGGGCAAUGAACAGAUCCGAGGAGUGAGUGGCGGAGAAAGGAGGAGAGUGUCUCUAGCUGAAGCUCUAGUGACUUGCCCCGACGCUUAUACAUUGGAAAACAAUAGUCUGAUUUGCUACGACAACCCUACUGCAGGUCUCGACUCCUCAACUGCUCUCGAAUUCGUGCAGAUGCUGCGAGAAUAUGCCAACCAGUCCAACUGCACUGUCGCUAUGAGUCUCUACCAGGGAAGUGACGAUAUGGUUCCUCUAUUUGACAAAGUGGCUGUCAUAAAUUCGGGACACUGUAUCUACUAUGGUGAUGUAGUCGCAGCAAAGUCCUACUUUGAGAAUCUAGGAUUCUACUGUCCCCCAACAAUGUCAAUUACGGACUUCUUGAACUCGAUGUCUGCGGAGCCUGAAGCACGCCAGUUACGCCACACAGCGGAUAAUUGGUCGAUUCCGCAGACACCCCAAGAAUUCGUCACUGCAUUCUGGAAGAGCGAGAAGGGGAUUCGGCUUGGAACACAGAUCGAAGAAGCGAAAAAUAAUGCUAGCGUUGCGGAAAAAACCCCAAGUCAGGGGAAGAAAUCACGACAGACAUACUCGAUUCCGAUUCUCACACAAAUUCUUCUCUGUGCCUACCGUCAGUAUCGCAUAUUCAUCACAGAUUACAACGCCUGGAUUGUCGAAGCUGCCUGCAUGGUAGUUCAAAGUAUCAUCCUCGGUACCGUCUUUCGCAACCUGCCACAUGAAACUUCAUCACUGUACCAGCUUGGUUCGGUUGUUUUCUACGCGAUCCUCGUGCCUGGACUUCAGUCAAUGAGCGAGUUUGGCAAUACCUUUGCACAACGGCCCUUGCUCUUGAAGCAUAAGCGGUAUCGUUUCUAUCACCCGAUGUCGUAUGGAUAUGGCCAGAUCCUGUCAGAUGUUGUAUGGAAAGUGGUAGUCAUCGCGUACAACAUCCCUAUGUAUUUCUUGGCCGGACUUCAUCGCACGGCAGGCCAUUUCUUUAUUUUCUUCCUGGUUGCUUAUAUUUCCCACCUGUCGCUUUCGAUGUUCUUCCGGUUCAUCGCUGUCUUGUCACCGACCGUGGAACGUGCCGGUCUUCCCGUCGGCAUUUUCUUGACGACGUUGGUCAUCUACACGGGCUGGUACAUUCCACCGCCACAGAUGCAAGUCUGGCUAAAGUGGUUCCGGUUUUUGAAUCCCAUGUACUACGCCUUCGAAGCGCUCAUGAUCAAUGAAGUUGGGACUACUGCCUACGAAUGUACUUCAUCCGACUUAGUUCCUCGUGGCCGAACCUAUACGGACGUGGCAUACCAAGCCUGUGCCAUCGCCGGCUCUGAGCCCGGUAAGGCUGGUGUAGAAGGCGCUUCAUAUCUCAGAGCUUACUACGACUUCGAUAAUUCUCACCUCUGGCGUAACGUCGGUAUAAAUGCGGGCUUCUUCAUCUUUUUUGCCGUUUUGGUCGGUCUUGCAAUGGAGCUGUUCAGGCCCCCUGCUGGCCUCCUUGCCACAGUCUUUUAUCGCCGGAACGUCGCAAAUACUGUGCCUUCGUCAACCAGCAGCACUGAGAAUGACCUCGAGGCACAAGGACUGGCUAAGCCGACAAGGAAGAUACCGAGCUCUGAAGAGGUUCGGUCGCAGGACGGUCAUUCCUUUGCUUGGAAGGAUCUCCACUUGACGCUGCGUAAGGACGGAGAGGAACGGACAUUAUUGCAACACGUUGACGGGUGUAUCGAGUCUGGAACGCUGACCGCGCUGAUGGGUGUCUCUGGCGCUGGAAAGACAACACUGCUGAAUGUCUUGGCCGGACGCAUGGGCAUUGGUAAAUUGACAGGUACAUUAUACCUAGAUGGAUCGCCGCUUCCAAAGUCAUUCCGCUGGAGAAUGGGUUAUGUCCAACAGCAAGAUGUUCAUCUUCCUUCCCAGACAGUGCGGGAGGCUCUCCAAAUGACGGCCCAUCUCCGUCGUCCUCCCUCGCUUUCAACUGACGAAAAGAAUGCCUACGUUGAAGAAGUUCUUGACAUGCUCGGAAUGCAAGAUAUUUCAGAGGCGUUGAUCGGAGUGCCCGGUGCUGGCCUCAAUCUCGAACAGCGAAAGCGGGUCUCUAUGGGUAUAGAACUAGCCGCGAAGCCAGAUAUCCUGUUACUGGAUGAGCCGACCUCUGGAUUAGAUGGACAAUCUGCUAUCUCUUUGGUCCAGCUACUGAAGAAACUUUCAAGAUCGGGUCAGACGAUUCUAUGCACGAUUCAUCAGCCUGCUGCAGCCGUGAUCGAGGUUUUUGACAAUCUCAUUCUGCUGGCCAAAGGUGGUCGAAUGACCUACCAGGGGCCUUUGGGUGACCACUCCUCAACGGCAUUGAAAUAUUUCGGUCAGCACGUGGAAGCUUGCGAUCCUAAAAGAAACCCGGCAGAGUACCUGUUGGACAUCGUUGGGGCCGGUUCCCGGUCAAAUGUUACCGCCGACUGGGCUCAAAUCUGGUCUGAAAGCAACGAGUGUCGGGUUCAAGGUGUCAAGUUGCAUGAUCUUAAGAACGAGAGCCCAGCUGAGCAGUCUCGGCCCCAGCUUUAUGCUACUCCUCUGACCCAUCAAUUUACCGUCGUGCUUCGUCGCACCUGGUUGUGGUACUGGCGCGAGCCAGAGUAUUUCUCUGCCAAGCUUUGGAUGAAUGUGGCCAAUGGCCUGUUGAAUGGGCUGACGUUUUUGAACAUCCCAAACAGUCAACAGGGAGCGUUCGACCGCGUUUACACGAUCUUCCUGUCCUUCUUGAUGGGCCCACCUCUUGGCUUAUCCAUGGAGCCACGAUUUACCGCGUUGCGCGAUAUCUUUGUGUACCGGGAGAAAGCCAGUCGAUCCUACCAUUGGAUUGUGUUUGUCAUGAGCUCUAUUGUCAUUGAACUACCCUUCACCCUCAUAACCGCCCUCAUCUAUUGGCUUCUGUGGUAUUUCCCGGCUGGGUUGCAGACCGAUCCCACUCAUGCUGGCUACGCACUGCUUUGUUACUGGCUAUUUUCCAUCUUCACUGUCAGCCUGGGAUACCUCAUUGCUGCGUGGAUGCCGAACUUGAAUGCCUCUCUCAUGGCUAAUGGUUUCUUUUUCAUGUUUGUGAAUACAUUUGCCGGCACUUUGACGGCGCGCGAAAAGACCCCGUCGGGCUGGAGUUGGUAUUUCAACGUUUCCCCGCUGUAUUACCUGGCGGAGGGACUCACUACCAAUUCUUUGUAUGGGCAUGGUAUUCGUUGCACAUCAAGUGAAGUGACUGUUUUCCACGCUCCAGCCAACGACACUUGCAUCAGCUACGCUGGUUCUUUCUUGCAGUCCGCUACAGGUUAUUUGGUGAAUCCGGAUGCCACUGGGGCUUGCGAUUAUUGCCGCUAUAGCCUUGGCCAGGAAUACUACCAACAAUUUGGAUACGAUAACAAUCGUAAGUAUCGCGAUAUUGGGAUAUUCAUUGGGUUUAUUGCAUUCAACUUCACGGCUGUCAUCGUGGGUACCUACGUGACAAAGAUCUACAAGUGGAAGCGGAAGACUGAAUAA